GCAACGUCUGCGGCUUCCAGUGCGGUCAUAACAGCCAAGAAGCGGUUGCGCUGCAUGGGCAGAUCGUCGGCGGCGGCUUGGGGUUCUUGACCAGUUUCUCUUGGGGAGCUGCAGGCAUUCGGCCAUUCGCACGAUCUCUUUGAGAGAGGUUUCAAGAUAUCGCGAGAUGAGGUUCUGGUCUCUGCUCGUCGUCGCGUGGAUGCCCGUUCUGCAGGUCCUCCUUGCAGGCAUGCUCGGAGCUUGUCUUGCGUCCAGCCGGCUCAACGUCCUCACCUCUGAUGCUCGAAGGAGCAUAAAUAAGGUCGUUUAUAUGGUGUUCGUUCCCUCGCUCGUCUUCUCAAGCUUGGCAGGCACUGUCACUCUCAAGGACAUCAUUUCCUGGUGGUUCAUGCCAGUGAACAUGAGCAUCAUAUUCCUGAUCGGAGCAACUCUGGGAUGGCUGGCCGUGAAGGCCCUAAGGCCAGGAGAACAUCUUCAGGGACUUGUCAUUGCUUGCAGCUCAGCAGGUAACUGGGGAACUAUUCCUUUGAUGAUUGUUCCGGCGAUCUGUAACGAGGAGGACAGCCCCUUUGGUCAUGCCAGCACCUGCAAAUCUCUCGGCAUCUCCUACGUCUCAUUGUCCAUGGCGCUAGGAAAUUUCUUCAUUUGGACCCAUAGCUACAGCGUCAUGAAGAGAUCUGCUCAACUCUAUAACAAAGGCUGUAAUGAUCACCCUACAACUAAUAACAUAAGAAAAGAACAAAAUUCACGAGAAGAUCAAAAUGGUAAUUAUGCCGCUUUUCUGCCCAUGUUGUCAUCUACAGAUUCUUGCGAGGAUGCCUCCAACAACUCGGUUAGUCCUACCUUGCCUUCCAACAGCCUUUCUGGUACCUUGAUGCACUAUUUCAGAAGAGCAAAGGAUUUGCUGCUAGAGAUACUGAAAGAACUGUGGUCACCUCCCAGUGUUGCCGCGCUCGUAGGGUUUACUGUCGGAGCAAUCGAUAAGCUGAAAUCACUCGUUACGGAGGAAGACAGCCCUCUCCGAGUGGUCCAAGAUACUGCACAGUUACUAGGAGAUGCUGCAAUACCUUGCACUGUCCUCAUACUCGGUGGAAACCUUACCAAAGGCAGAGGAAGGACGACGAUGAAGCCUCUGGUAGUCAUAUCGAUUAUUGUGAUACGCUUCGUGAUCCUUCCUGCCUGUGGAAUCGGUGUGGUCAAGGCAGCCAGGGAGCUUGGGUUCCUGCCAGGAUCACCCCUGUACCAUUACGUUCUGCUGUUGCAAUCUACAGUUCCCCCAGCCAUGAGCAUCGGAACCAUAGCUCAGCUGUUCGAUGUUGGGGAAGAGGAGUGCUCCAUCGUCUUCCUCUGGACGCACCUGGUUGCCGCACUGGCGCUCACACUCUGGUCAACUGUGUUCAUGUCACUGGUGUCCUGAGCGUGUCUUCAGUAAAACAUUGCAUCAGUCAGCACAUUUGUUGUACUGCCUCCGUUCAUAAAAGAAUGUCGAAGAUUUAUCUAAAUUCGGAUAUAUCUGUAUACUAAAAAGUGUAUAUACAUCCAAACUUAGACAAACUUCCAACAUCCUUUUAUGGACAGUGGUACUAUAAUAUGUUUCAAGUAUUAUCAAGUUACAAACUCAAAUAAGAUUUAGACGAGCAUGCGGAAAGUUGCAGUACAGAGACAAAAAGAAUGUAGCAGCCUAGCAGGACAUGGUGGACUUUUAGCAUCAAUGAAGAGAGAUGUCACACAACUCAGUAAACAGAAAUUCUA